CUUUCUACCAACCAGCGGCACCAGCCGCGGCGUUUUGCCUUCAGGACCUGAUGCUCAUCCAUAUUAAACCGUCUGAGCUCAGGAAUCCGGCCAGAUCAUCCCCCCCCUCCUGCUGCAAAGUUUAUUUUUAACCAGCCACCGCCACAAUUUGGAUGGGGCUGCGAGGAAGCAACAUCUUCUAGCCCGGCUCGCCCCCGUCUCCCGAGCUUGCCUUUUAACUUUUCCUUCAGGCUUAUUUUCCUGCCGGCGGUGGCGGCGGGUCCCGCGGCGGCCCCUGCCCGCUGUUCCCGGCUGGGAGGGCCGCGCCGGAGCUGGGAAGUUGGGAUGAAGGCGCCCCUUCUCCACAGCGUUCCUGAAAUAAACUUCCUGCAAUUCUUUGCAGUGUGCAGGUGUCCAGAGUCCCCUUUACUCAUGGUCGCCUGUGAAACCCGUCAGGCAACUGAAGGCUGUACCUAAAAUUCUGCUGGCAGUGCAGCACACUGCAGGGGCCUUGAUAUAGUUACGGUGGACACCCUGUGCAGCCACAGCUGUAGCAUCCCCUCGUAGUCCGAACAACUGAGUAUUGCGGUCCAGGAGUCUGCACGUGUGGAGGACUGCCUGGAAUAGAAAAAGGAAAGCUGCAGAGAUUGUAAGCUGCUGCUUGAUCCGUGUGGCUCUUGUGCCGAGGAACAUCAAAACUUUGCUGGAUGGAUCCGACAGCUCGUUGCAAAGUAGAGGUGCUAGAGGGUGCUGCUGAAGAAGAGGCUGAAGAGCCAGACGCAACUGUACAUACUACACUAAGUGAGGAGACCAGCAACCCAGAAGAGAGCCACAGUCAAUCAGGGGAGAAAGAUGAAGAGAAGCAGCUGGAAAGCUUAAACAGCUAUAAGGUAUCACCAAGUUCACCAAACAGUUUGGACGGAGCAGACUUGUCCUCCAUUGAUGCCAUGAUGUCAGCAGUGAUGAAUGUGGGGAAAAUAGCUGAAAACGGCGGGAAUUCUCAAAAUGUCAAAUCUCCCUCAAAGUCUCCUGCACCAAAUCGGAUUGGCAGGAGGAACCAGGAAACAAAAGAAGAGAAGUCUUCCUAUACCUGUCCUCUGUGUGAAAAGAUUUGCACUACACAGCACCAGCUAACUAUGCACAUUCGUCAGCAUAACACUGACACUGGAGGGACAGACCAUUCCUGCAGCAUCUGUGGAAAGUCUCUGAGCUCAGCGAGCUCCCUUGAUCGCCACAUGCUGGUGCACUCAGGUGAAAGGCCUUAUAAAUGUUCAGUAUGUGGACAGUCCUUCACCACCAAUGGAAACAUGCACAGGCACAUGAAGAUUCACGAGAAGGAUCCAAACAGCACAGCGAGCACCACUCCCCCCUCGCCGCUGAAGCGCAGGAGACUGUCUUCGAAACGAAAGUUCAGUCACGAUGCUGACCUGGACAGAGAGGAGAGGACACCUGCAAAAAAGGUUGUCGACGAUGGCCAUUCCGGUGAAGGGGAUAAGAGGGCUGAUGAUGAAGUUUAUCAUUGUCCAGUGUGUUUCAAAGACUUUUUUUGCAAGUAUGGGCUGGAGUCCCACAUGGAAACACAUCCAGAUAAUUCAUUGAGGUGUGACAUCUGUUGUAUCACCUUCCGUACUCAUCGGGGCUUACUGCGCCAUAAUGCAGUUAUCCACAAGCAGCUUCCCAGAGAUCCCAUGGGAAAGCCUUUCAUUCAGAACAACCCUUCAAUUCCAGCAGGCUUCCACGACUUGGGAUUCACGGACUUCUCCUGUAGAAAGUUCCCCCGCAUUUCUCAGGUCUGGUGUGAAACAAAUUUGCGAAGGUGCAUCAGUGACUUCCAUCGAUUUAUUUGCGAGAUGUGUAACAAGGCAUUCCCCAUGCUUUCAGCACUCAAACUGCACACAGAAACUCACGUGGUGGAUCAGGGAAAAGACAAGCACAAGCCACAGUCCACAACCCCACCCAGUGAGAACCCAGACCAGAAAGCCUUCAUGGCAUCCUUGGGCCUACAGUACACCAAAGACAUCAAGCCUGUCAAACAGGAGGACAAUACACAAGAUGAGGUCCAAGAAAUGCGGCUCAGAGCUCUGAAGAGUAACCUACCUCAGGAACCUGGCAGCACCAGUCUGCUCAGCCUCUCUCCUCUGGAAGCUGCCUCCAUGGGAGGGUCAUUUUCAGUCCUUCCCCCUACAAAAGAAAACAUAAAGCUUCUCUCACUGCAACCUUUCCAGAAGGGUUUUAUUAUCCAGCCUGACAGCAGUAUUGUGGUGAAACCCAUCUCCAAUGAAUCUGCCAUUGAGCUGGCAGACAUUCAGCAGAUCUUGAAGAUGGCUUCUUCUGCUCCUCCUCAAAUCAGUCUUCCUCCACUUUCUAAGGCACCUUCUGUUCCUGUGCAGUCUAUUUUUAAGCAUAUGCCACCACUGAAGCCAAAGCCUUUGGUAACACCCCGAACAGUUGUCGCAACCUCUACACCUCCUCCUCUUAUCAGUGCCCAGCAAGCCUCCCCUGGCUGCAUCAGCCCAAGUCUCCCACCUCCCCCGCUGAGGCUGAUCAAGAACUCUGUGGAGUCUGCCUCCAACUCUCAUCUCCCCCAGCCAGGAGCCAAAUCAAGUCCUUCCUCACAGUUGCUCCUCCAACCCAAAGUAGAGCCUUUAACUCAGCAUGAGAUGAAGACACAGCUGGAGCAGGACAGCAUCAUUGAAGCUCUCCUGCCUCUAAGUAUGGAAGCCAAGAUCAAGCAAGAAGUCACAGAAGGAGACCUCAAAGCCAUCAUCGCAGGGGCAGCGAACAAGAAGACCCCAACCAUGAGGAAAGUUUUGUACCCCUGCCGUUUCUGUGACCAGGUGUUUGCCUUCUCUGGUGUCCUGAGAGCUCACAUCCGUUCUCACUUAGGUAUUUCCCCGUAUCAGUGCAACAUCUGUGACUACAUCGCGGCUGACAAGGCAGCGCUGAUCCGGCACCUGCGGACGCACAGCGGGGAGCGGCCUUACAUCUGUAAAAUCUGCCACUACCCAUUCACAGUGAAAGCCAAUUGUGAGAGGCACCUGCGAAAGAAGCACCUCAAAACAACCAGGAAGGAUAUUGAGAAGAACAUUGAGUAUGUCACCAGCAAUGCCGCAGAGAUGGUGGAUGCCUUCUGCUCCCCGGACACGGUGUGCAAGCUGUGUGGAGAGGACCUGAAGCACUACCGGGCCCUCCGCAUUCACAUGAGGACGCACAGCGGCUGCCAGAAGAAGAAGCCGUUCGAGUGCAAGGAGUGUGGCACGGCCUUUUCGGCCAAGAGGAAUUGUAUUCACCACAUCCUCAAGCAGCACUUGCACGUGCAGGAAAAGGAGAUUGAGAAUUACAUCUUAAUGGUGGACUGUAGUGCCCAGGAAAGCCAGACAGACCCUUCUUUAUUGGAGGACAGCACUUAUAUGGACCACAAGCCCAUGACACCUUUCCUGGAGCCACAAAACGGCUUCUUGCUGGGAACAUCAUCUCACGUUUCCAUCAAACGUGAACCUGUGGGCAACUUUCCCAUGGAUUUUGAUGAGCCAUUGGAUUUCUCUCAGAAGAGCAAAAGCCUGAGUGCUGUGCAGGUGAAGCAGGAGAACCUGUUCAGUUCAUCUCUGUCCCUUUAUGACUGUUCCAUGGAGCCUAUUGACCUGUCCAUCCCCAAAAUCCUGAAGAAGGAUAAAGAUGAUGUCCCCUGUGAAGCCAGGAAUCAAGAGCUGGCUGCUUCUGGGAACAGUGAUAAAGCCUAUAACUGUCUGCAGUGUCCUUUGGUUUUUGGUGCCAACGGGAACUCAGAAACAAACCGGGGUGUCAGACAUCCCCAGCCACUGAAAGGUUCGUUGCAUUUGACUGUCCCGAUCAUUUCCCCGGCUCUCCCUGGCAAUGCUGCCUUGCUGAGACCCCUGAGGCCUAAACCACCACCACCACCUCUCUUGCCAAAGCCUUCAGUAACUAAAGAGCUGCCACCAUUGGCUUCCAUUGCACAGAUCAUUUCAUCUGUGUCUUCUGCUCCCACUUUGCUGAAAACAGAGGCUGCAGACGCCAGUCCCAAGGCAGUGAGCGGCUCCGCUGGGUGUGACAAAUCAGGGAAUGCCAAAGCUAAAGUGACAAUCUUGACCACCGUUCAGAGAGAUGCCAGCCUGCCCAGUGACCUGUCUCAGGCUUGUGAUCCAGAGCAGACUCCCGUUGCUGAUGCAGGGUUGACUAAGAAAAGAGGUAGAAAGAAAGGAACGAAAAAUAAGCCCAAACUUAGCAGUAGUGUGGAUCUGGAGUCAAGUGGGGAAUUUGCCAGCAUAGAGAAGAUGUUGGCUACCACAGACACUAACAAAUUUAGCCCAUUUCUGCAGUCCACUGACAAUUUCAAGGAAGAAAGUGGCAGAAAUGGAACAAGUGAGGAUGAGAAGGAAACUGCCAAGGAUAAGCUGCUGAGAGGGAAGAGAAAUGCUUACUCAGACUGCCUGCAAAAUAUCCCCUGUCCUUACUGUCCUCAAGUCUUUCCAUGGGCGAGUGCCCUGCAGCGGCACAUACUCAGUCACGCAGAGAGCCAGGCGGAUGCAGAGACACUAGCUGCAGGAAACAAAGCCUUGAACCUGAGCUGUGGCGAGAAGGAGCAGUCAGAGGAAAUGACAGAGCCACCAGAGAGUGAGCGCGGCGGCCCCAAGGAGGAGCAGAAGGCCGAUUCCCUUCUGGCAGAAGAGGAUGCUGAAGAAAAAGUGGAUGGAUAUGAAGAGGGCCCUGAGGAAGAUUCUGUAAGUAACAAAAGUCUUGACCUCAAUUUUGCCAGCAAAUUAAUGGACUUCAAGCUGGCAGAGAGUGACCAGAGUGCAGGCAGCAGUUCUCAGACUGAAAGGAAACAUGCCUGUGACAUUUGUGGCAAAACCUUCAAGUUUGCUGGCACUCUUAGCCGUCACAAAAAGGCCCACAUUCGUGAGGACAGAAAGGAUGAAAGGAGCAGUGAGGAUGAAAGCAAAAGCAUUCAGGAUGAUGCAGGAGCUCCCUCGAUGCAGGACUCUGGUCUUGAGCAGGAAGAGUCUCCGCUGGACUUGAAGGUAGUGGAGUCUCCUGUGGACUUUGAGGCAACAGGAAAGGAGAAUGAAGAGAGCGAAAGCGUCUCUGAGGGGGAAGGCACAGAGAGAAAGUCCACUGAGAAGAGCAGUGAUGACAAACCAAAGACUGAUGGGGCUAAGAGUACUGCAAAAGCAGACAAAAGAAAGAAAGUCUGUACUGUGUGCAACAAGCGUUUCUGGUCUCUGCAAGAUCUGACGCGACAUAUGCGGUCUCAUACAGGUGAGAGACCUUACAAGUGUCAAACCUGCGAACGGACCUUCACUCUGAAGCACAGCCUGGUCCGUCACCAGCGCAUCCACCAGAAAGUCAAAAACGCCCGAAACCAUGGGAAGGAGAGUGACAAGGAGGAGACGCAGUCGAGGUGUGGAGAAGACAGUGAGAAUGAGUCCAGCCACAGCGGCGCCAACCCCAUCUCCGAGAGCGAGUGCGACUCCGCGGGGGGCGUCGGUAGCCACUCGUCCCUCGCGGGGAGCCGGAACGAGCCCCUGGCUGGCCUGGUCACGGACUCCCCCUGCGGAGAGGAGAGGAGCGGCGCCUGCCUUGCCGAGCCCACCAAGAGCACACAGAAACACGCGGCAAUAGACCAGGAACCGCGGGGCAGCUCCGAGCACGAGAGACCCUCAGGUUUCAUCCAAGACUUGCUGGAGAUGCACAACGCUCCGUCUCCCAUGAAUCACAUCCUGGCCUCUGCCGACAGUGCGCCUCAGCUCUUGGGGGUGGAAUGACUUGCUAGGAGGUUGGACACGUCUCAGCAGGCAAACUGAAGCCAGCAGAGCAAGGUUUCUGGAGUCUGGUUUUGGAAGAGUGACCUUACAGCUAUGGGGAGAGUAUGGCAGACUGGACCUGGUGCCAUAUGCCUUUCAGUAUAAUAAUGCAAGAGACUACCGUAUAUACUGAUUUGAGUGCCUUACUACUUUAUUAGAUCUUUUGGUAUUAUAGAUUUUUUUCAAAAAUGAUUUUAAUAUUUUAAAGAAUUAUUUGGAGAGGACCCUUUUUCAUUUAAGCAUUAAUGUUACCUUUUGUAUUGGUGUGCGUGAGCUUGUUCUUGUAUAUCUGUGAUAGUCGCUGUGUUUGUUCUCUGAGCUGGAAAUGGGGCAGUGGGGUGGGAGGCCCUUGGAUACCAUAGCCAAUAACUGGAAGAAAAAUGAUGUGAAUUUCAUAUGAAAUAGUCAGAGGAGAUGCAGAGGAGACAUUGAUUUAUUGUUUUUUUUCUCAGUAGAUGUUCUUGCAUUUGCCACAUGGUGGAGCAUUAAGCCUGUUCCAGGCACGAACAACGUGGCAGUUGAAGGUGUUCAAAGUGGUUCAAGCCAAAAGCAGGAAACGCAAAUUAAUUUCAACCUCAUGCUUGUUUCCACUUUUCAGCAUUAGAAGUGGUCUUCUAAAUCCUAGGGGUUUUUUCUGGCCGUCACGGACUGAGCGUGUAUACAGAGAAGAGUUACAUAGCAACGUAACCUAUGGAAAUUAUGCACCCGCUGUUACAUAUGUUUGAUUUGCUUCAGUAUAUUAUUAUUAUUAUUAUUUUAUUAUUAUUUUAUAAAUCCAUCAGUUCGCUUGUCUCUGCAGUCAGCAGAAGCCAAUGGGCAAUAUUUGCCCACGGAGAUGCGUAGCGCAGCUUGGAUCCCGUCUCGGAGUGUUCUUGACUCAUCAGCUUUCACCAGCCUCUCCUCCUCCUCCUCCUGUUGUUGCAGCUCUUCUACUGUACUUUCCAUGAACCCCUUCCUCCGACCGGAGCGUCCCGCGGAGGCCAGCGAGGUACCGUGCCCGUGUGGGGGCACAUCUCCCUCGCGGCGGGCGGGCGUGGGCGCGAGCGCGCGACGCCGGGGCCGCGCGGGGCCCGGCCGCGCCACAGAGGCACCGCCGGUGCCGCAGUGACCUCGCUGCCGUCACGUCGGUGACGGUCACUCACAGAGCAAAGUUAUUCCGUCUUCCAGUGGAAAGCAAGAGAGAAAUGCGAGCCUUACCCUCUCGUCUUGCUUCUGUCAUGUUCUAAGAGCAAGAAAAUACUACUGGUAAUGAAACUACAGAUAUACGACAUUUAAAAAAUAAAUAAAAUUAAUUUAAAAGAAAAAAAAAAAGAAAGAAAUUCUUCCUGAGAUUUUGGGGUUGAUGCUUGAAGACUUGAGGUGUGUGUCUAAAUUUCAUAUCAGUAAUUUAACCCCUUUAAUGCUGGCAGCUGGAACUUCUCCGUAUGGCUCCUGUUGCCGGCAACAGGUGACAGACACUCCAGCCACCAAUAUUGAAGGAGUUAAAUGAAAUGUAUCCUACUGUAGCUGCGCAUUUUUAGGAAUGCCCAGCAUUUUUGUUGUUCUUGUCGUUGUUGUCGUUAUUGUUGUUUGUUAAUUGUCCUUCAGUCAUGACCUCUGGGACAGACAGAGCCAUAAUAGCAUUGCCGGAGCCUCACUGUGCUAUUCCACCACUGCAGUCCCCCAGCCCAGCCCGCACUGUGACCCUCCCUCCUUCCCACCGCAGAAUCGCUUUUCCUGCUCUCACCAGACAUGGAGGAAGUGGGCCUCGGACCCAGUCUAUAUUAUAUAAUAUAUAUAUAUCUAUAUAUAUCUUUAUUUUAAAAACUCUCUGAAAAAUUUCUGGAGACUGAAAUCUCACUGUCCAGAAUUCAAAGGAAGAGAAAUGUUCUUGAGUAAUAUUCUUGCAAAUAGAAUAAGAAAAAAUGGUUGAGGUAUAUGUGAUUUCUAUUUUUUUCGUGGUUUUUUUUGGUUUUUUUUUUUUGGUUUUUUUUUUUUUUAAUUUUUAAAUAGGGAUGUUUGAACCAGUUCAGAAACGAAGCUAAUGCCAGAUAUAGAUAAAUCAAUCACAACCAAUGAUUCAUUUGAAACUCUACCCAGGUGCAUUCUACUUAAUUAAAACCAGUUCACGCAUCCCUUAAAUUGUUAUUACUAUUAUAAUUAUAAUAAUAAUUAUUAUUAUUAUUAUGUUGGGUAUUUUUUGGUUUUUGUAAUGGUUUUGUUUGUUUAUUUUGGGGUUGUUGUUUUGUUGUUUUGUUUUGGUUUUUGUUUUUUUUUUUUUUUUGCAACUCUCCACACUAAACUGCGCAAUACUGUGGGGGAGAAGCCAUUACUAAACUAUAUGCUGCAGAACAAUGUAGCAAGUAAUUAAUUCCCAGCAGCCUGCCGGGACAUCUGCUAGCAAUAAUCACUAUUGAUUUAAAGCUUUAUUUAGCCUUUAUCUAUAUCCUAGUAGAGUAUAAGGUCUUGCCACAUUUUAUUGACAUUUUUAUUAGUUGAGUUUGACUGAGAACUGUUGCUGUUGUUGGGGUUUUUUUGUUUCCCUUCCUCCCCCAAUAUUAAACUGUGAAAUUUAUAAUGUGUUUAAACUAUGGGUGAAUCUUAGGCUUUAGUUUGCAUGUUCAGCUAAUUUGUCUCUAUAUGAUUUUCGUUUGAAUCUUUUUAUUUUUUUUCCUCUCUCAGGGCUUUUACAAAAAACAAAAAAACAAAAACAAAACAAAAAGAAAACAAAAAAAAAAGAUCUUCUAAAAUUCUUUUGCCUGAGUUGCAAUGGACUUAACAUGGAGAUAAUUCAAUCACUACAUUAAGCACUUGACUGUGAAAGCGCAAAAAAAAUAAAGGAAAAAGAAAAAAAAAGAGAGAACCUUGUUUGAGGCUGUUGUGAAAUAACUUUAGGGGGCUAUGUGACAGUCUGAUUCCAUUUUCAGAAUGAUUCAUCUUCUCUUUCCUCUCUGUGUGUCUCCUUUCUCUCUCUUCUCUCUCCACGAAGGAAGUUUAAUCCUAGUGAUUUCAUCCCAUGCAGGAAACAAUAAAUGUGUAGAAUUCAUAUUUUUCUAAAGGGAACUUAAACUGCUGCUACGAAUUGUGUACAAGACUGGUUUAUGCCACAUGAACAGAGAAUCACACAUAGUUUUGGUACUUUUAUUCCUCUUUUUUUCAGUUGUACAGUACUUCCAAAUUCAAAAUAAAAAGUAAAACUUGUUCUGUAUCAAACCAUCUAAGCAAUAAAAUGUUAUAUUUAAAAAUUA